AUGCCAUGGCUGCCUUUGGUCAAAGAAGAGGUUUUCUGGAAAACUUAUGUUUCUUGGAGUGGGAUUUUCUUGGAGAAGAAGAUGGAGAGUUUUCUUGGAGAUGAAAGAGGGAAAUGUAGGAAGGAAGAGUGGUAUUUUCAGGGAGUGAUUUUCUCGGAGAAGAAGAAGGAGGACUUUCUUGGAGAAGAAGAAGGAGGACUUUCUUGGAGAAGGAAGAUGGAGGAUUUUCUUGGAGAAGAAGAUGGAAAUGGAGGAAGGAGGAGUGGUAUUUUCAAGGAGUGA